CAUUCGUUACUCUGUUAAAUGGAGAGCAGGCUCAGAACGCCAUUCGGAAAUUUCACCAGUAUUCUCUUCGGGGAAAAGAGAUAUCCGUGCAGCUCCAACCAACAGAUGCUUUGCUGUGCAUUACCAAUUUGCCCAUUUCAUUUACGUUAGAAGAGUUUGAAGAACUCGUGCGUGCCUAUGGCAACGUCGAGAGGUGUUUUUUGGUCUACAGUGAAGUUACUGGUCAUUCCAAGGGCUAUGGCUUUGUGGAAUACAUGAAGAAGGACUCUGCUGCAAAGGCGAGACUGGAACUUCUGGGGAAGCAGUUAGACGAGAGCACUCUCUUUGCACAGUGGAUGGAUGUGAACCAGCUGACGACAAAUCUUAUUCACUCCAAGUGCCUUUGUGUAGAUAAAUUUCAAAAAGACUGCACUGAUUCAAAAGAACUGAUCCAAGCUUUCUCACUAAAAUACAAACCUGUGUUCUGCCAGUUUGCUCAGGAUGAAGAUAGUUAUAUUGGUGACUUUGCGGUGGUCGAGUAUGAAACUGCAGAGCAGGCUGAGAAAGUACAAGAAGUCACGGAUGGCAUGACUAUCAAAGGAAAGAGAGUCCAAGUGUCCUACUGUGCUCCGGGAGCACCAGGCAGAAGCACGUUAGCAGCACUUAUAGCAGCGCAGAGGAUGAUGAGGAAUAACAGGAAAGGCUUGCUUCCCGAGCCAAAUCCAGUGCAGAUUAUGAAAAGUUUUAAUAAUCCAGCAAUGUUGCAAAUGCUGCUGCAGCCCCAGUUGCGUGGACAUGCCGUUAAACCUGUUCUUGGAGCAUCUGCAGGUUUAUCUCACCUUAUAAAUUCAGCAGUCGGCUCACCAUUUUUGCAGUUGAAUAAAGUUCAUCAG